AUGGCGACGGUACUGUACGACUCCGGCGCAAUGCUCACAUGGGCCUACCAGUGCAUUUUGUUUGGUCUCGCCUUACUACUCUACUUCUCUUUGACGUGCUUCUACAACGUCUUCUUACAUCCACUAGCGAAAGUUCCAGGACCCUUCUUGGCCAAGAUAUCAACUUUUUGGUUGUUUGGCAAGGAGAUCGAGGGUGACGCGGCAAAUAACUUAGCACAACUGCACAAGAAAUACGGACCAUUGAUAAGGGUCAAGCCUAACGAGGUGGUGAUCAAUGAUCGAGAAGCUUUUGUGACCAUACAUCGACAAGGUACCAAGUUCUACAAGGAGGAGAACUUCUACAACUCAUUCAAGGGGACACACGGAAACUUGUUCAACAUCCAAGACCCAGAAGAUCAUUCUCGCAGAAAGAGACUCAUGUCGCCGUCAUUCUCUUCUGCAUCUUUGUUGACUCACCAGGAUAUCAUCUAUGCCUCUAUUGAGCCAGCCCUAGAGGCAGCAUCACGGUUAAUUCGGCUCGAGAAGCAGGUACCCCUGUUUCCUAUCAUUCGGAAGUUCGCGCUGGAUUCUAUUUCGGCUUUCGCCUUCGGAUUCGAUUCCGCAAACCCUACACACGUCGAUGACAACUCUGCGGGAAAAAUAUUCAGCGCCUUGGACGCUUCUCCUCACGAUCUACUCGUGUUUCAGCAUUUCCCAUUCUUGCGAACCCUUACGCGACAGCUGGCCCGACUGUUCCCGAAGAUGGUACCGGACGAUGUCUUGUUCCUGACACGCUACGGCAUGGAAAAGCUUCAAGCAUCACGCGAAGCCAAAUUACCAGAUAGGCCGGGUCUUUUCAAAGAAAUGGAACAACUUCUCGUUGCCAAGGAUCAGAAGCUCACAGACGACGAACUCGUCGCAGAGAGUAGUACACUAUUUUUUGCAGGAACUGAUACAACCGCAAGUACGAUUGCUUUCAGUUUAUGGCAUCUUCUACAUGACAAGGACUCCUAUACCCGUCUCCAGCGAGAGUUGGAGACAGUCAUGCCGGAGACGACCUCUAGACCUACUCUGAAGCAGCUGGAGGCCCUUCCUUUCCUCGAGGCCUGCAUCAAAGAGGGUCUUCGAGUUACCUGCGCGCCGCGAGGACGUCUGCCAAGGGUAGUUCCAUCGGAUGGCUUGAGAACCAACGGCUAUUUCGUCCCGCCUGGCUCCGUUGUUUCGAUCCCCAUAAGCUACCUGCUAUAUGAUGAGAAUACCUUUCCCGAACCGAAACAAUAUCGACCUGAAAGGUGGCUGGGAGACGACGCAAAGAACUUGGAGUCUUAUCUAUACCCAUUCUCCAGGGGAUCUCGUGUGUGCAUAGGUCAGACUCUAUCUAUGGCCGAACAACGAGUCUGUAUCGCGCAGUUUGUGCGCAGAUUCUCUCCGGUGAAGUACGAGCCCCUCAGGCCCAUUCAGGGAAAAGAGUAUGUUACCUGGGUUAUGAUGGACGACCUAGCCAUCCGACUACGGGAGAAUGAGUGA